AAGACGACUUAUCGCAGAUAAGCCAAUAAUAAAAGAAGAAGAAGAAGAAGAAAAGAAGACUGAAAAUAUUUAAUCGUUUAUACUAUAAUUAAUAAUUUAUACGUACCAAAACCUAACUUUACACGACAUGUCCAGGCUCGGUGCUAUACAUUUAACAAAGUACACUGGAGUUAAGCAUUCAGCCACAGUGUUUUAUUUUCAUGGUUCAGGUGGAUCCGGAGACAAUAUGAAAGAAUGGGUCAGAUUGAUGUCUGACUUCACUUUUCCACACAUAAAUAUAGUAUAUCCUACCGCUCCAGCACAAUCAUAUACGCCAGCAGGGGGCCUUUUGAGCAAUGUCUGGUUUGAUCGUGCUGAUAUUUCUAUUGAAGUACCGGAAAAACUAGAUUCGAUCUCUGAAAUAGAAAAAGAAGUUCGCUAUCUUAUUCAGAAAGAGAAUGAAGCUAGUAUACCUUGUAAUAGAAUAGUUGUAGGUGGAUUUUCAAUGGGUGGUUGCUUGGCACUUCAUACUGCAUAUAGAUGGGUACGUGAUGUUGCUGGAGUCUUUGCCUUUAGUUCCUUUCUGAAUGACAAUUCAAUAGUUUAUGAAGAUCUUAAAAAUGCUGGAAUCAAUGGUAUGUAUAAAAUAAUAAAAUAAAAAAUCUAACAUAUUUUUCGGUCUAUCAUCAUCAGCCCUUUUACGUCUCCACUGCAGAGGCUCAGACCUUUCUUAUGGC